AUUAGAGAGUGAAGGUCGCCGGGUUUUUAGUGAAUGGUGUGAGAGGUGGCUAGAGAGAGGAGGAGUAGCGGGACGGACGGAGUAAAGGGCUGCGCAGAGACUCACGAGGGCCACACACUCGCGGAAACCCGAGCGCAGCUACUUCCGCCCACACUAAAGAUGGCGGCUCCCUUCAUGGAGAAAUUAGCCGAAUAUUUAGAUUCACCCGAACCGGCCGUUCGGCUGAUUUUGUCCAUCUUAAUAGGUUAUCCAUUUGCACUGGCGUACCGCUGGUUUUUAUUUUAUCAGUCCUCAACAGUUCUUCAUCUCUUCCACACAUUCACCGGGCUGGCACUAGCCACGUUUAAUUUUGGGUCUCAGGUCUAUCACUCGUUGUUAUGUGUAGUCAUUCAGUUCUUGUUGCUGAGGCUCAUGGGAAGGACGGUCACAUGCGUCCUGACUAGCUUUAUCUUUCAGAUGAUAUAUCUGUUGACGGGUUAUUACUACACAGCUACAGACGAGUAUGAUAUCAAAUGGACCAUGCCUCAUUGUGUCCUCACGCUCAAACUCAUCGGUUUAGCGCUUGAUUACUACGAUGGUGGAAAAGAUCAAUCUAAAUUGAGCGCAGAACAGAAGAAGUCUGCUCUCAGCUCUACGCCGUCUCUGUUGGAGGUGUUUGGUUUUUCAUACUUUUAUGGAGGCUUUCUGGUAGGGCCUCAGUUCACAUUGCGAAAUUACCAGAUGCUGGUGUCUCGAGAGAUGACCGAUGUUCCAGGACAACCACCAAAUAGUGUGGUUCCAGCACUGAAGCGUUUCUGUUUAGGUCUCAUCACCCUCGCUAUCUUUGCGAUAGGUGGGCCGCGCUACUCAGACAGCUACUACUUAACGGAUGACUUUGCAGCACAUCCUUUCUGGUACAAGUGUGUGUACAUCCUGUUGUGGGUGAAAAUAAACCUGUAUAAGUACAUCAGCUGCUGGCUAAUCACGGAAGGCGUGUGUGUUCUGGCUGGGCUGGGCUAUAAUGGGAUAAAUGAAAAAGGGGAGCAUCAGUGGGAUGCCUGCGCAAAUGUGAGGGUCUGGCUGUUCGAGACCACGCCGCUCUUCACGGGCACCAUCAAUUCCUUCAACAUCAACACCAACGCUUGGGUGGCCAGGCACGUGUUUAAGAGGUUGAGGUUUUUGGGGAACAAGUUGGUGUCUCAGAUGUUCACAUUGUUAUUCCUGGCGAUCUGGCACGGCUUGCACUCAGGGUACCUCAUCUGCUUCUCCUUGGAGUUCCUCAUUGUCAAUGUGGAGAAGCAGGCUCAGUCACUGGUGCGGGACAGUCCUUUGCUGACAUCCAUCUCUCAGAGUCCUCUGUAUCCUCUUGUAUAUGUUGUACAGCAGUCUAUUCACUGGCUCUUUAUGGGAUACUCCCUGGUGCCGUUCUGCCUCUUCACUUUCGACAAGUGGCUCAAGGUUUACUUCUCCAUAUAUUUCUGUGGUCACAUCUUCUUCAUCGCUGCCUUACUUGUCCUGCCAUACCUCCGCAAGGUGCUCGUGCCUCGAAAAAGAGGCAGUGAGAAAAAGGAGGAUUAAUUAAAAGGGUUUGUAUGCUGCUGUCUGUGAUGGACUGAAGUGAACUGUGACAUUUAAAGAGCGCCUGAAGAGGACAAAUUUUAAGGCCUUUAGUAAUAUAUUACUAUUUACAUACAGCACUGAUGUAUGUGUACAAAUGUUAGUCCGUUUGAAAGUUCUUCUCAUUCUUUGGGAUUUGUGGUGGACUGUGAUGAAAAAGGUUGAAACUGCAGAAAUACAAGCAUUUCUGAGGUUCGAUAUUCGUUGGGUAAGGUUUAAUGGUGGCUGAAAACAAUUAUACUGUAUCCGCUCGUACCAUUGCACUCAUUACUCAGUAAUGAUCUCGUUUCCUGUAUAAUCAGAGACCCAGCUUUGGCUGUCGCUGAGGUGAAGUGUGCACUUUUCGAGGGGGUGUUGAGCAUGUAUUUAAAAAAUGGAAACAAAUGAGAUCUUUCUUUUUUUUUCUUCUUCCUUUACUGGGAUCUUUGUUUUAAACUCUCAUACCUUUAGAUCGAAAGAAAACACAUUGAAAUGUGAAACACACAUAAGAGUGAACAGUGACUGAUGGUUCAGCAUCGCCUGGCAUUAUAAAUGAAUGUUGUUCAUUUUUAUAACUGUUUUCUUUUUCUGUGCUCAGACAAGUUCUGAUGGGUAUUCUCGUUUUGUUUGUUUUUUAGGAAGGGGUUUUACGGUAACUGCGUUUUUAUAGCUUUUUGACACACUUUCAUAAAAAGGAUCAUCAUUCUGUCAUCUCAUCCGCUCACUCCGUUUAACACUGUCUGUCCAUCCAUCUUGACCUUUUCUUGUUCACUCCAUUUUCUCCAGCAAAUCCAGUGUAUGAGCACAAGCAAAACACACACCACAAUACCAGAAUCAUCAAUAUGAGGGUAAAUCUGUGUGGAUAUUAUCAAGAGCAGAGUAUUGUUUCAAUUAUAGCAAGUAUUUCGGUGAGCGGUGAACUAAACAGUGCAUACAGAUAGCACAAGUUAAUACUGCAGUUAAUUACACUAAAUAAGUGCAAGGUUUUAUUUUGCAGUGAAGUAUUUUUAUACCCAAAACACUUAGCGUAUCUCUCAUCACAUCAGCGUGUUUUAUUUUUCUGAUCUGCUCUCAGUAAUAUCUACAUACGUUUGCUUCAUAUCUGUUUUGUAUGGCGUGACAUAUUGAAGAUCCUUGGCACAAAUAAACAUCACUCUUCAUUGAGGGCGAUAUUGAAAACCUGCACCCAAAUCCUAUCCGUGGGAGCAGCAGAAGCUCACAGUAGCAUCUGAUUUGUUUUAUAAUAUUUAUACACGUGGUCGCAAAGUUUAAUGAUGUAAAAAUUUGUUUUUUUGCGAAACAACUGCCUUACUGCUACCAAAUGUACAAAAAAUGAAUAAAAAAAUACAGAGAGAGAGAGAAAAACACAAUUACUUUUAAAUGAAACGUUUUUGUAAUGUUCAUUAAAAAUGCUGGAUUUUAACAAUA